UGUGUCAUUCAUGCCUUUGUGAUGCUAGAGGUUGGACCCAGAGAUUUUGUGCAUAUUAAGAAAGCCUUCAGGGGAAUUGAUGUGAAGGUGAGUGAAAGCAGGUGUGAGUGAGUGCAACAGAAGGAAUCAUGACUACCAAGGUGUUUGGGUUGAUCGGAAAGUUCGGACUGGCUUUAGCAGUUGCAGGGGGUGUGGUAAACUCUACUUUAUAUAAUGUGGAUGCUGGGCAUAGAGCUGUCAUCUUUGACCGAUUCCAAGGAGUACAGGACGCUGUGGUAGGGGAAGGGACUCACUUUCUCAUCCCUUGGGUACAGAAACCAGUUAUCUUUGACUGUCGCUCUCAACCACGGAAUGUACCAGUCGUCACUGGUAGCAAAGACUUGCAGAAUGUCAACAUCACACUGCGCAUCCUCUUCCGGCCCGUGACCAACCAGCUUCCUCGUAUCUACACCAGCAUCGGCCUGGACUACGCUGAGCGGGUGCUGCCAUCUAUCACCUCAGAGAUCCUCAAGUCAGUGGUGGCUCGCUUCAAUGCUGAAGAAUUGAUUACCCAGCGAGAGCUGGUCUCCAAGCAAGUGAGCGAUGACCUCACAGAGCGAGCAGCAACGUUUGGGCUCAUCCUGGAUGACGUGUCCCUGACACAUCUGACCUUCGGGAAGGAAUUCACAGAGGCGGUGGAAGCCAAACAGGUGGCUCAGCAGGAAGCAGAGACAGCCAGAUUUGUGGUGGAAAAGGCUGAGCAUCAGAAAGCAGCGGCCAUCAUUUCUGCUGAGGGCGAUGCUAAGGCAGCUGAGCUGAUCGCCAACUCGCUGGCCACAGCAGGUGAUGGCCUGAUUGAGCUGCGAAAGCUGGAAGCUGCUGAGGACAUUGCUUACCAGCUCUCUAGCUCUCAGAACAUCACCUACCUGCCAGUGGGGCCGUCAUCAGUGGGGCCCUCAGUGAGGCAGUCCAUGUUCCUCCGGCUUCCCCAGUGAGGCAUCCCCUGCUUCACUUCUCAGGCCAGUCAGGCCACGGUCUUCAUUUUGAACAAUGCCUUCCUUCUACCCUACCCCAGAAAUCACUGUGAAAUUUAAUGAUUAGCUUAAAGUGAAGGAAAUAAAAGUAAAAUCACAUCAGAUCACAUACACACAC